AGUUCAAUUUGCUUCUAGAUUCUUCCCCGACCCCGACCCGGCCCUCACUCCUCAAAAAUACCCGUUGUUGGGUAACAUUUAUUCCGGCCCAUAUCUAUAGCUUCGAAUGGAUACGGUAUAAUCAUGGUGGUGGAAAAGAUUUCAUCUUUUCUGCAUGUCUCAGUCUAAGAGUAGCUAAGAAGAUCCUUGCAAUUUAGCUCCUCAGUUGAAGAGGAACGAAGCAUCAACAUUCUAACCAAGAAUCACAUUGGAUAUUUAUAAUUUUUUUAUGCAAGAAUUUUUUGAUUCAUCAAGAUCAUCAUCGAGAAUUUGAAUUUUUUGAAUCACUUAUCAUCAGAAACAAGAUUCAAGAUGUCUUCCUCCACUGACCUUUGCUCGUCUGCUGCACCCAGACUGUCUUCGAGGUCGCGAAGUACACCAAAGCAGGAUGUUUUAAUGUUUCGGUCUAGCUCUCUGUCCCAAGCGGGAUCCAGAGGCGGCCCACAAGAGACUCCUGGCUAUCAAGGGGAGUAUUACGACACGUAUCUAUGUCUAGACAAGAUCUUGGAUGCGCAAUUUCCGGUGAGUGGCUCAGCUCUGCCUCCAGCUUUUUUAAGGCUCACAAAAAUUCAUCUCUAAAAACGAGUAUUACUCUUUAGCAUUGAUUUCUCUCUCAUAGUUCGUUGGUAGCUUCAUUCUUGAAUUUUGAAACUAGAUUAUAGGUAUUGGUAGAGGUACGUAAAUGAAGAUGAACUAUUUUGAACUGCUGCACUCUAACUUCUUCUGCGAAGUUUUCACGUGGCACGACAACAGCCUCUGCCUCCAGUAGUGGUCCGCUGCCCGGUGCAGUAGUUGGAGGUCCAUCUUCCGCUCCGUCUGCGGUUUCAAGUGCUGCUGGUGCUGCUGCAGACGCCUCCGGAGCUCCCUCAACGGCUGCUCCUUCAACUACGUUACCAUCUGCAUCUUUUCCUGGAGAUAAUCAUAACAAACCUUGGAUGAAGAUGAAUGACAUAUACGACAUGGUAAAAGAGGGCACAGAAGCAGUAAGACUCGCUGGAGUUGGUGGAGCUGUGAACGGGACUGGUGCUGCGGGACACGGACAAGAGCCAAGUUACCUAGGAGUCGGAAGCUCCACCACAGGACCAACUGGUGGAUCAGCAGCUUCUUCAUCAAGCACAAAUACGGGCGUUGGUGGCCCUUUGACGCCUCUCGAGCCUCGAAGUCUCGAAGGUAGACUUAUUUCCGGAACAUCGAAAGCAGAAGAUGCAUCCUCAAGCAGGCAGUCACCUGCUUCACCCGUGUCAAAGGUGGGAAGUGGAGGCAAAGCAAAUGAACUGCCAUUGCCGCAGGAUGAUGAACAGUUAUGAAAAAGUUGAAGAUGAACAUGAAGUAGUAGUAUUGCGUCUUAGUAGUUUUCGAUCUUGGAUCUACUGCAGCUUACUUUUUGUGAUCUUCCAUCCGCAUCCUCAACAACAGCGUACGACCCUCCAUCCUUCACAACUCGACACUCACACUUACCCAGAAAGACAAAGAGAAAGACAAAGACACACCGUUCCUCUAAGCGCCCCCUCCCGCGAGCCCGCGCACGACGAGACGCUUUUCAUCAUCAUCCACCAGACUUACGAGCUUUGGUUUAAGCAAAUUCUUCAUGAGCUCGAUGCGGUCUACACGAUUUUUUCGAAGUCCAAAGGCAUCCCCGAGAACGAGAUCUCGCGCGCUUGCCAUUACUUGUAUCGGAUAACGAAGAUUCAAGAGGUGUUGGUGCAGCAAAUCGCCAUCUUGGAAACCAUGACCAGUAUGGAAUUCCUGGAGUUUCGGGAUUACCUUGUACCUGCAAGUGGCUUCCAGAGUUGGCAGUUCCGCUUGAUCGAAAUCGCUCUGGGUAUACCUAUGGAGGGAAGACGAUACGGGACGGAAUCGUUUCUAAAGGGCGUGUUUGAAGGGCGGCAUCGGACAGCAUUGAAGCUCUUCACCGAACAAAGAGUCAGCAUGAACAAUUAUGAAACCAUCAUCAUUCCCAUACGAAAACACUUCUGUGACAGCGCAACUUGAUGUUUUAGAACGUACAACUCCAACUUCUAGUAUUUUCUACCCACCCAGUCGUUCCAAUUUGAAUUCACAUUCCAUUUCCACAACAUCUAACGCACACUAGUAGAGCGCUGGCUCGAGCGGAUGCCGUUUUAUCGAACAGAAGAGUAUGACUUCUGGGCAGAGUAUAAGGAUGCGGUCGACACGAUGUGCACGAAGGAGGAAGAAAUGAUACAGAAAUUUUUACCUCCGGAGAAACAAGAAGAAGAAUUGAAAGUAAAAACUGUAGUAAGUGAUUUGUUUUUGUGCUGACUAUCUAUUUCUUUGUUUCUGAAUCACCUGACGUUUCGCAGCUUGCUGUGGAAUACCGAUUUUCUGUUGCAAGAUGAUGAAAUGUAGCAAAAGUGAUACAAAAAGCGCAUGGUCGUUAUGGUCCUUACAUAUACAUAUAACGCUCAAUCAUAAAAACGCACUCCUAUGUGCAUCUACACUCCAUUUCUUCAUCAGGGCCUCCGCUCUGUCCGUUCAGCAUUCCACAGUUUGCUGGAUCCUGAAGCACAUGCGGAGAUGGUGAAACGAAAGGUCAGAAGAUGGUCUCAGCGGGCGACCUUGGCAGCACUUUUUAUCUUCCUAUACCGACACGAGCCGAUGCUUACAAGUCCGUUUUUAUGAUGAAACAACGUGCAUUGUAGUUUUUGUUUUCUUUAAAUACCUUGGAGUUGGACACCAAUCACCAAAAAAUGCAAAUGCUUGAUGAAAAUGCAACAUCACUCUUCACUCACUCACCCACUUACGCUCCUUUCUAAUCCCUCGUCUUCUCAACCUCUUGAUGGAGAUUGAUCAGAAUUUCAGCGUCUGGCGAGCUAAGCACGCUUCAAUGGCUCAUCGUAUGAUUGGAAUGAAGAUAGGGACAGGUGGCACAAGCGGUGUGGAAUACCUGAACAAAGCAGCGACCGAGAACAAAGCGUUUAAAGUUAUGCGGAGGUUGUGGCGUUUAUUUUUCUGAUCGCUUCUACAGUAGACAUAACAAACUGGUUUGCUUCUAUCUACGCAUUGUUGUAAUCAACGUAAAUGACACCAAGGAAAGUAGUACGCAAUACAAAAAGCGGGUAUGUCUUCUAAUCCUCACCUCUGGCAGCUAUCGACAUUCCUUUUGCCAAGCGGAGCUUUACCGGAGCUACCACCGUCGUUGCGGUAUCGUAUUGGCUUCUUACACGACUAUCUAGAAGCCAGAAGUCCAGCGGGAAGUCCUACGCCAUUAAAGCAUUUUCCAGAUAUCGAUCUCGCCGACAUCGAGCAAGAACCGCGGGACCAACACGAUACGAAAAGCGAUGUGUUGAAGAGGGCAGUAGGGGAAAAUAGCAAUCAUGUUAUGGCCUUGUGUAGUUGAUCAACAUCAAUCUCAUCUUCGUGUUUGUGGUUUGGACAUUGCGAUUCAAAUGGUGUUGUAGUUGUCUCUCUAAUCACAACGUGAAUUCUAGCAGUCCUUCGAAAGAAGAAGUUAUCUCGUCGGAUCUACGUGACAAACUUCGGGAGGAACGCGGCGGAGGUGGCUGCCCCUUUGGAUAUGCGUAGUCGAGUUGAGGUUUAUCCUUAUUGUGACUGCUUUUGUCUUAAUGUCUGCUAUGAAAUUGAACAACUAGGAGUAGAAUAAAGUUGAGUCAUGGAGGCUCGCUUUGCUGCACCUUUGACUCAUGGUCAUGCUGUCCGUGAAAAGAUAAUGGGAUGUCGUCGGCGCCUCCUCUUUUGAUGCCCUUGCGAUAGAAACAAGGCGUCGCCGUGAUGUCAUCGCUAUCUGAAGAUGGGUUGAUCCAUUAACUAAUUCGCCGAUGCAG